UUUAUAAAAUAUUAUAUUUUGAGAAUUUCUUUAAGUUAAAAAUCCUAACAAUCCACUCCUAAAAUCCCUCAACACCCGGAUUUCUCAUUUUGUCUCUGUUCAAACCCCUGCCGACAGUUCCACGAUGGCCUCCAUACCAGCCGAACCCUCAAUCGCAAACUCGUCCUCCACUCUGUGUCAACAGCUGCCCGUCGGCCGUCAUCCUGCGCGGAUCCGUCUCCCUGGCCGCCGCGCGGUGGCCUACGAGUUGCCAGACUUCAGAGGGUUGAAGGUUCAAGCGCCAUCGAAGAAGUUGACAUUUACUGCGAGGAGUCCUCGGUUGCCUACAAGAAACACCCGGUGCAUAGUCUGCGAAUGCGAUGCUCAGGAAACUGCAGUCGAUAGUUUCCCCAAACUGGCAAAACCCAAUUCGGGGAAAAUAUAUAAAGUUGUGGCUAUUGCACCUUUUUGAGGAUUCUAUGCAGUUUGGAUAGCUAUCAGGAACUUCUUGCAUCUUCUUCGCACAAGGGUCUAGUGGGAAAACUUGACUAAUAUUGUGCAAGUUAGAAGAUGAGGGCUUUCCUCUGCAAAGGCUACCCUGAUCUUCUAAUCCUCAUUUGACCUUUCUUAAGCCUAUUGAACUUCUAUGUUCCCUCGUUCAUUGGAAAACUUUCCAUCUGUUAUCACAGAAGUGAAAGCUUGUGCCUUUUGCCUAAUUGGAGUCCUAAGACUUUAGCUUUAGCAGAGUGUCUAUUGGUUGAAAUGUAUUAUACAAGUUCUGCAGUUCAGUUUCUGAUAGACAAGGUAAUAUGAAGUGUGGCAUUGCGCUUGUUUUGUAGAUACUUUGAGUCUUCUAUUUCUGCAGUUUAUAACUGUACACUCCGACGCAUCUUGUUUAGCACCGGAUCGUAGUCUAGUUGGUCAAUAAGCGGUUAGAAGUUAAGACUUCCACAUCCCAGGGAGAUUAGGGGAAAGCUGCUAGUCGGAAGGUUGAAUCACUCCUUACAAGCUGUUCUUGUUUCAUUGGUGAAGCAGGGAGCUGGCAGUUAAUGCCAGUUCUAAUUCUAACGCGUACUAAGCAUUCUUGCAGUUCCAACAGCAAGUGAUGAGACAUGGCAGUCAUUAGUCCUGGAAGCGAAGGGAGCAGUGCUGGUUGAAUUCUGGGCGCCAUGGUGCGGGCCAUGCAGAAUGGCGCAUCCAGUAGUAGCCGAGCUGUCCAGGCAAUACGCUGGGAAGGCGAAGUUCUACAAAUUGAACACCGACGACAGUCCGUCCACUGCAACCAAGUAUGGCAUUCGCAGCAUCCCAACCAUCAUCAUUUUUGUCGAUGGUGUGAAGAGAGAUGCAAUUAUUGGGGCUGUACCCAAGACAACACUAACUGCCACCAUUGAGAAACUAUUGUAACAACACGUUUUUAUGCCUUUUGAGUUUUGGUUACUGCGGACCAGCUGAAAUUUAUUAAAGAAGCAAGAUUUCACUUUCAGAGGGGAAGUUUAAUAUGUUUACAACCAUUUAGUGAGGAAGUCGUCUAGAUGCUG